GGAGAGAAGAGUAUUCUUUCUUAGGGUACAAACAUUUUCCACUAUUGUUGUGCGACUCUGAAACCAGCAAGACAGCAGCCACUUGUCGAGAGAUACUGCUCAAACAGCCUUCACUUCUAAUUUUGGAUGAAGGGCAUACUCCAAGGAAUGACAAUACAGAUGUAUUGCAAUCCCUUGCCAGAGUGCAGACACCUCGCAAAGUUGUACUUUCAGGAACCCUCUACCAAAAUCAUGUGAAAGAGGUGUUCAACAUUUUAAAUCUAGUUCGUCCAAAAUUUCUCAGACUGGAUACCUCUCGAGCUGUUGUGAAUCGCAUAAUGAGUAGAAUACCUGCAAGGAAGCCAUCCAAAGCAGGUGCGGACACAGCUUUCUGUGAGUCAGUAGAGCACUCACUUCUCAAGGAAGAUGAUUUCAAAAGGAAAGUGAGUGUCAUACAAGAUCUACGUGAGAUGACCAGUAAGGUCCUUCAUUAUUAUAAAGGUGAUGUCUUGGAUGAGCUUCCUGGACUUGUUGAUUUCACUGUAGUACUGAACCUGAGCUCCAGACAGAAGAGUGAGCUUCCUAAGUUGAAUACUUUGGGCAGAGAGGGCAAAAUAUUUAAGAUGUCUGCUGUUGGAAGUUCUGUUUUUCUGCAUCCGGAAUUGAAUUCCCUUCCUGAAAAUAGUGUCCCUACAGAUGAUAAGAUGGAUGAGAUUUUAGUGAAACUAGAUUUAGGAGAAGGUGUCAAAGCUAAAUUCUUUUUUAAUAUGUUGAACUUAUGUGAGUCCGCUGGAGAAAAGUUACUUGUGUUUGGUCAGUACCUUCAGCCCUUGAAAUUUUUAGAGAGAUUGGUUGUGAAAAUUAAGGGCUGGAGUCCAGGGCGUGAAAUUUUUGUGAUCUCAGGUGAUUCAAGUGCUGAGGAUAGAGAGUGUUCCAUGGAGCGCUUUAACAGCUCCCCUCACUCAAGAGUUUUCUUUGGAUCAAUCAAGGCUUGUGGUGAAGGAAUCUCAUUGGUCGGGGCAUCCCGCAUUAUCAUUCUGGAUACUCAUCUUAAUCCAUCAGUGACCCGCCAAGCAAUAGGCCGUGCAUUCCGACCAGGCCAGAAAAAGAAAGUAUAUGCAUAUAGAUUGGUGUCUGCUGAUACUCAUGAAGAGAAAGAUCAUACCACUUGCUUCAAGAAAGAAUUGAUUUCAAGGAUGUGGUUUGAGUGGAAUGAGUUCUGCAUUUAUAGGAACUUUGAAUUGGAGACUGUCGAUGUGAAUAAUUGUGAUGAUCCCUUCUUGGAAAGUCCACUCUUAAGGGAAGAUAUAAGAAUUCUAUACAGAAGGUAGAUGCUGGCAUUGUAGGAUUAAACACAGUAGACUAACAAUCAGAAUCUAUACUCCAUCUAAAUUUAGAAUUUGGAAAGCUAGGUAAGAAAGUUUCAUACAACAAAAUAAUAUUCUUUUGAAAUGAUCAUUUUUAUUUGUCAGUCCGAAAAUCUGUUACAUAACUCAUUGGAAGCUUGAGGAUGUUCUGCUGCUUUUGUUAGUAACUGCUAAGUUAAAACGUCUUGUUUCAGACAUUUUCAGCAUUGUUUGUUGUCAGAAUCAACAGUAUCUGUACACAGAGAAGGUACAAACUUUACUACAUAGAAA